AUGAUUCCAUAUAAUAAUUGUUAUACAAAGUCAUAUUUAUCUCUUGCCAAACUCAUAUCUGAUGAAUAUCAUGUCACAGAGGUGAACGAUGUCAAAAUUUUCUUAAGAUUCCUAUUUUACAAAGAAUAUGGAAUUAACUUAGACAAAUCUACUGAUUUCGAAAAAAUUCAAUUUAGAAAUCUCGAUAUUCUUACAGAGGAUACAAUUUACAGAGCAAUUACGUAUAAUAACCUAGAAGCAUUCAUCUCAUUCACUGAAAGAGCAGGAUUUAAUAAAGAUCAAACACUUGAAAGCAGUUUAUUUCCAUAUCAAUGUUAUUUUGAAAAAUAUACAUUACUUGAUUUAUGUUGCUACUAUGGAGCAGCUGAUUGUUUCAAGUUUUUAAGAACGAAAUUUAACUCAGAAAUAACUGAAACAUGUCUAAAUUUAUCAUUUUUAGGAGGAAAUCAAGAGAUCAUGAGUGAAUGUAUGAAACAUCAAAAACCAGAUGGAAUUACAAUGAGAUAUGCAAUUAUUUCACACAACAUUGAUUUUGUUACAUUCUUGGUGAAUGAGUACAAUAUAGAGAUCAGAUUAAGUUAUUGCAUAAAUUAUAAUAAUCUUGAAUCAUUUUUAGUUUAUUUCGAUCAAACUAAUGAUAUUAACAAAUGUUUUAUUAAUUCAGUGAACUUUAACUUUCCACCCCUUUUGGAAUAUUUCAUUUCACUUGGUGCAAAUAUCAAUGAAAAAGAUAAAAAUGGAAACACAGCACUUCAUAAUGUAGUAGCAUGGAAUUAUGAUGAAAUGGCAGAAGUUCUUAUUUCACAUGGUGCAAAUAUCAAUAUAAAAAAUGAAUUUGAAAAAACCGCACUUGAUAUUACAGCAGCACGGAAUUAUAAAGAAAUGGCUGAAUUUCUUAUUUCACAUGGUGCAAAAAUCAAUGAAAAAACUAAAAAUGGAAGCACAGCACUGCACACUGCAGCACGUAAUAAUAGUAAAGAAAUGGUUGAAUUUCUUAUUUCGCAUGGUGCAAAAAUCAAUGAAAAAACUAAAAAUGGAAGCACAGCACUGCACACUGCAGCACGUAAUAAUAGUAAAGAAAUGGUUGAAUUUCUUAUUUCGCAUGGUGCAAAAAUCAAUGAAAAAACUAAAAAUGGAGAAACCGCACUUCAUAUUGCGGCAAUUAAUAAUAGUAAAGAAACUGUUGAAGUUCUUAUUGCACAUGGUGCGAAUAUCAAUGAAAAAAAUAAUAAUGGAAAAACCGCACUUGAUCUUGCAGAAGCAUGGAAUUAUAAAGAAAUGACUGAAAUUCUUAUUUCACAAUGA